GCUACACGGUCUUUCACCCCAUCUGGCCCAUUUCAAGCGUUCCAGCCCGCAGGCCCCUGGGACCAAUUUUCCCAAAAAAACAAACACAAACACAGCCCACAGCCCCGCCCGGCCCCGUUGCCCGCUGCCCAAUGGAGUGCCCCAUAUGCCUCGAUGCGAUGAGCCCAUCGUCCAUUGUGGGCCGGAUUCUGGGCUGCUUGCACGCGUACCACCAGCCCUGCGUCAUGCAGUGGCUGCAGCUCCUGAACCGGUGCCCGACGUGCCGCAAGCCGUUCUACGAAAUCGAGUUUGUGGCGCCCGCAGCGCCCGCCCGCGUCAUCAAGCGCAUCGCGUUCAAAGAUAAGCUUUUGGCCUCCGAUGCCAUCGACCACAUCCCGGCCGAGUUCGUGAUUCCGCCGCCGGUGUAUGGCGCGGCCGCCGGGGCAUCGCGCGAUGCCCGCGACGACGCCGUGCUGCCGCAGAACGGCGUCUGCCUCAUCUGUUCCAGUGCCCAAUAUUCGCAGGCCCGGCACGCCAUGCUUUCGUGCAUAGGCUGCGGCGGCCACUUCCACGCGCCGUGCUUGGGCCUCGGGGCCGGCGGCUCGUGGUUCUGUCCGUUUUGCGACUGCCGCCAGGAAAUCCCCGGGUACGCCCGGCCCGCCACGGCCCGGCCCGGGCCUGUUUCUGGAUGGCCGCAUUCCGGGCCUCGCCGGCCGCCGCCUGCGGUCGCCAGAGAGACCAGUUCCGCCCGGCGCGGCCGGCGUUUGCUCUCCGAGGCGCUGGGGCCGGAUUCCGCCGGAUCGGGGCCGGACCGAGGCCCCUGGGAAGACGGGAACACGGACCCCGGGCCGCGGCCAGCAUACGCCGGGCCGGGGCGGAUGCGGGCCGCCUGGAACGGCGGUGUUUUGCUCCGGCGCCAGGCACGCGAGCUCCAGACCUUGACGCCCGAGGAGAGGUCGGCGUGGGCCGUUCUCGAAGACGCCCGCUGCGGGAACAUGGGCGGCGGUGUGGAAAGCGUGGUUGCAGGGCCCAGCACCCGGCGAAAGCGCCGCCGGCCACGCUUGCCGGGCGCUCGUGGCGACUCCGGGGGUUCAGGGGGGACCGGUGCCAAUUUGGGUGCCAAUUUGGGUGCCAAUUUGGGUGCCAAUUUGGGUGCCAAUUUGGGUGCAAAUUUGGGUGCAAAUUUGGGUGCAAAUUUGGGUGCAAAUUUGGGUGAACCUCUGGAUCUAAAUCCAGGUCUAACUUUGGGUGCAUCUCUGGGUGCAACUGUGGGUUUAUGUCCGGGUGCAUCUCUAGAUUCAAAUCCAGGUCCAACUUUGGGUGUAACUCCGGGUCCAGCUCUGGCCCCAUCUCCGGGCCCAUCUCCAGAUCCAUCUCCCGAUCAAAAUCGAGAUACACUCCCAUAUUCAAGCACAGAACCAGAUCCCCCCGGCGCCCUGGACAAUGCUUCUCGCCCAAGCCACAGCCGGAUUGCCCUGCUCAUGACCCAAAUCAAGGCACGCCUGAUCACGGGGCUUCCGCCCAGAUUCCCCACCGCCAACACCCCGCCACAGCAGUCUUCCAGCCCCCCAUCCAAUGACCCCAGGCCGCUCCUGCAAAAUCACAGCGAUUCAUCAAAAAGCCCUCGCGGGCCGAACAGCCCGGUCGUUUCUUCGGCAAGCCCUGAAGCCAAGCGAUGGGGCACGGACCCUGGUCCUCGGCCCUUGACGCUCCUUGAAAAGCUGAUGGUGCAGACUCACGUGAGGAAUAUUCUCCGUCCGCUUUAUCGGGGACAGGGAACAAGGCGCAUCUCCACCGAGGAUGAAUACGUGCGUAUCAACAGAAGCCUUUCCCGGCAAAUCUACUCCCAUAUCUCGUCCUUGUGCACGUCGCAGGGCCCGCAGAUCUACGUGGAGCUAUUCCAGGGUGAGCAUGGCAAACUCAAGCGCUUGGUGGAUGCUCACGUCGAGGGCUGGACCCACGACAACGUCUCCCUCGUGUCUCGGAAAGAGUGAGGGUUUAUUAAGGCAGGUGUUGCAGUCGAGGGAUAUUCUGAUGGAACUUUCUGUAUUGUUGGGGGUUCUAAGGAAGAUCCUAUAAUGUGAAGCUUCUGUAUUGGUGAUGUGGUUGCGUCCUGGCGCUUGUAGUAGUGUUUCUGUAUUGGUACUGCUGUAUUGGUACUGCUGUAUUGGUACUGCCGUAUUGGUACUGCCGUAUUGGUACUGCUGUACUGGUACUGCUGUACUG